CUAAAUCAUUUUACUCCCAAACUAUAUAUAAAAAAAGCCCCUCUUUAUAUUGUUCCACACAAAUAUCUCUCUUUCUUCCCCUCCCAGAAACCAAAGAAAAAAGAAAAAGAAAUAAGAAACUGUGAAAAUCUGAGUCCCCUAAAAUUUCUUCAAUGGCGAGGCCUAAUCAGGAAGCUAUCGAGACCUUUAUGAACAUCACCGGCGCGUCGGAGCCGGUCGCCGUGCAAGAACUCGAGGCGCAUGGCGGCAAUCUCAAUGAAGCUGUGAAUGCACAUUUUAGUGAAGGAGAUAGAAGAAACACAUCAGCAAACAUGCAUGAGACGUCUGUAGCUGUUCCACAAGAUGAUUUAAUGGAUAUUGAUCAAGUUGAACCACGGGGACCUCCUUCAUCACUUCUAUCUGCAGCUGGAAUUAUGAAUCCAUUUUCUAUUCUUGAUCCAAACUUCCGUAGAAGUUUUUUGGAUGGUAGUUCUAAUCUUACUAACCGUGAUCCCUUUGUGACACAUCCAAGAGAAGUUAGGGAGAUUCCCAUAGAGGUAAAGGAUGGCAAUCAGCCAUCUGGUCAUUCUGGACAUGCUCCUGCUAUUGAGGAUGUCACUGGAACUGUGGAUGCACGUGGUCCAGAUAUUCAUGGGACUGUUUUAAUUGAUGAUGAAGAUGAUGAGGAUAUUUCAGCUGCCUCAACUGCACAGGCUAGACUGCGGGAUGGAGGACAUGAUCAUAUUUUGGGUGAUGGUUCUCAUGGCCGAAAUGUUGGACCCAAUGCUCCUGAAUUUGAGAGUUUGCCAGACUAUAGCAAUGACAUAGAAGAAGAAAUGGUUCGAGCUGCCAUUGAGGCUUCAAGAAGGGAGGUCGAGGCUGCACAAAAUGACUUAGCUGACCCAGAGCCUCUGCCAAGGCAAUCUCACUUGGAAGAUCCUGAACUUGCACAUGCAGUUUCAUUGUCCCUGAAGACAGCAGAGCAAGAGAAAGCAUUGCGUGCGCAAGGGGAAAGUGCUGGGGCAUCAAAGGUAGGAGUUGAGCCAGCCGAGGUGGAGCUACAAGAAUUAGCUGCAUCAAAUGGGAGGUUGGAGCCGGGAAGCUCAUCCAUCCAAGAGGAAGCUGAAGAUGUGGAGGAGCAGCCUCUUGUCAGGCAUAGGUCCCGACGUAUGUCUUCUGGAUCUCUGGACUCUGCCAAAGGUGUUGAAGUUGUUGAGGCUAGUAGCCCACCAUCAAGUCCUGGACGGCAUAAUAUUGGUAAUCAUCCACAGCACAGUGAAAAUGCCUUCCCUGAUGAGUGGGGAGGGAUUUCUUCUGAGGAGCAUGAUGAAGCAGUCAUGCUGGAGGCUGCUAUGUUUGGUGGAAUUCCUGAAGGAACUGGAUAUCGUUUUGCAUAUGCACCUCAUCAGUUCAUGCAACCUGAGGGCCAUUAUCCCCAGCGAAUGCCUCGCCCGCCAUCACCCUCCCUGGCUGCUCAACGCAUGAUACGGGAACAACAGGAUGAUGAAUAUCUUGCGUCUUUGCAAGCUGACAGAGAAAAAGAAUUGAAGGCCAUUGAGGAGGCUGAAGCUCAGCGUUUACAAGUGGAAGCAGCUAGAGAAGCUGCUCGUGAAGAAGAGAGACGAAGAGAGGAAGAAUCUCGUAGAAAAUUGGAGGAAGAGCAGGAAUUGGAGAGACAAUUAGCUGCAAAAGAAGCUUCCCUGCCUCAGGAACCAGCAUCGGAUGAUGAAAAUGCUGUAACCCUUCUAGUACGGAUGCCAGAUGGUAGCCGCCAUGGGCGCCGGUUUCUCAAGUCGGACAAGCUGCAGCAUCUUUUUGAUUUCAUAGAUAUUGGUAGACGUGUCAAACCUGGCAGUUACCGAUUGGUGAGGCCAUACCCAAGGCGUGCUUUCAGUGAUGGGGAGAGUGGUUUGACGCUGAACGAACUUGGGCUGACGAGCAAACAAGAAGCUUUGUUUUUGGAGUCGAUUUAGUGAACAUACUCCGAUACUCUAGAAAAUUAGUCACUUGAAUGUUCUACUCUAUUAAAAUAUGGGGUUUCACUUCGGUUUGUGGAGUUUGGGGAGAUACGUGAAGUUCAAGGAGAUGAUCACAAUUAUUCCUGACCUUGCUGGGCAGAAGAACAAUCAUUUAUCAGUAUAUUUGUUUUCUCAUUAAUUGUUCAUGGGUAAUGUGGUGACUGAUCAUGUUAACUUGUUA